UAGUAUAUCAGCUCAUUUCAAAUAACCUCAAGCUUCAUAUAAUUUUCUAUUCCCCAAAUCUACUCCUUAGACUGCCAACCCAAUAUAGCCAUUGGAUCGAAUUCGGUUAGGAUUCGGUCUGAUGGUUUGGGAGUUCUAGUGAGUCUAAGGAACAGGAUUCUGUAAAUAUAUUUAGAACAACAACAGGUGCUUGAUCAGUGUAUCAGGAUGGACAAGGUGACGAGGUUGGCCUCUGAAAAGGGUGUGGUGAUUUUCACAAAGAGCUCUUGUUGCCUCUGCUAUGCAGUCAACAUUCUGUUUCAUGAACUUGGGGUGAGGCCUGUGGUUCAUGAGAUUGACCAUGACCCUGAAGGAAGAGAAAUGGAGAAAGCACUAUUGAGGUUAGGCUGCACUGCUCCAGUCCCAGCUGUGUUCAUAGGAGGGAAGCUAAUGGGAUCCACCAACGAAAUCAUGUCCCUCCACCUAAGUGGUUCACUCACCCAAAUGCUCAAGCCUUACCAGGCCUUAUCUUGAAAAAAGAAACACAAAAACAGUUCCUGAUACCUGCUGGAAGAAUAAGCUGGCUUGAAUCAGAUGAAUAGUGAGCUUAGUAUUGAUAUUCUAGUAUUUUAUGUGUCAAGUGGUUCCUAGCAUUUGAUUAGCUAUGAUGUAAUCACAUAAAUAUUCUUAAUGAAGUUUGAUUUAUAUACUU